AUGCCCAACUCAUCAAGCACUUCGCAGGCCAACAUCACCGGCAGUGAAACUGCGUCGACGUCCUAUGUGAAUUACGUCGAAAUGAGUGCCGAACAAGAAUACUUCCUCUACGAGCUGGAGACAACAGAUAGUGGAAGUAUGGGGCUAGUGCUCCGCGCCAUCUACGACACCGGAGAUGUCCAGCAAUUCGCUCGUGCCCUCCAACAAAGAAUCAGUCACUACGACAAGAAUAUACAGAAAGUGUGCUCCUUCCACUAUCAAAGCUUUGUCGAUGCAAUGCAAGAGCUUAUGCAGCUGAAAGAGCAAUGCCAAGAUAUCAAGGAUGAGACAGUGCAGAUCGAUGCGGAGAUACAAUGUAUCAGCCAACGGCUGUGCGCAAAGAAGCAGGAAAUUGUCAGAUAUCGCAAGUUGAUGAAAAACGCAAAGACCGCAAUGGACCAAAUCGCAGUUUGCCUCCCAGUCCUUGAGAACUAUGCCAAGCUUCAAGAACUGAUGAGCAACAAGAAGUACUACCAAGCACUGAAAACUCUCGAGGAACUGGAACACACUCAUCUGGCUCUCGUGGAAAAGUAUAGAUUCACACAGGUCCUCGCUAAAAGCAUGACGCCUGUUCGUUUGGAAAUCAAAGAUAAGGCCUACUCGGAGUUCAAGGAUUUCCUCGAAAACAUCAAGAAAGUCGCUGGAAGGAUUGGAAAGCAUGCCAGCAAAGAUACUGCCGAGCAGCACUCAUUUGGAGUCACCGACGCUGAGAGGGCAAGAAAAAUUCAAGAGGAGGCGAGAAAAAAUGCCAGCAAUGUCGAGAUAGAAGUUUCCGCCGAUGGCAGCAUUGUCAAGAAGAACGUGUCUCCCAAACGGUAUCCUCAAGCCCAAGUUGAGGACUCACCUUCGUUUUUUCAGGAUGAUGAGCAAGUUUCCGCACAGGAUCUGAUCGACUUCACACCUGUCCACCGAUGUUGCCAAAUCUUCAACGUACUUGGAGCCAAAGAAGAGUUUGAGCAGUACUACCGUCAGCAGAGAAGAGAGCAGUGUGACUUGGUGAUCCGGCCGUCCCACAAAAUGAAUAACUUCAAGCACUACGUUGAGUAUUUGGACGAAAUUGUCGGAUUCUUCGUUGUUGAAGACCAAAUUCUCAUGACACAGUCCAACUUAUCGACGGCUGCCGAAAAAGACAAAUUGUGGGACAACGCGUUGCUCAAGAUUCGCCACCACCUGGACGCCAGAUUUGGAGGAUGUCCAGAUGUUGAGAUGAUGUUGAGAAUGAAGAAGGUGAUUCUUCUCUUCAUUCUCACUAUGAAAUCAUAUGGAUACGCCGUUGCACCACUCUACGAAUUACUCCAAAACUUCAGAGAUCAAUACAACGAGAUUCUAGUCAAGGAGUACUGUGCUCAAUUUGAGAGAGACUUAGACAAGGACAACUACACACCAAUUACCGUGAAUUCAGAGGAGGAGUUUCGUGCAGUGAUCCGACAGUUCCCGUUUUACAAAAGGAGUAUGGAGCAGGAACCCUUUCCACGGAAAUUCCCAUUUUCUCGAUUCGUCAUUUCGGCUUACACUCAAGCCAAGCAGUAUUUAAUUGGAUGUUUGAAGUUCAUGGACAACCUCCAACUCAACACAUCUGCAGUCGAUGAUACAGUUAGGCGGUGUGCAAACGUGCUUCUGGGUCGCUGGGCUGGUAUUCUCAAGUCGUUUGUUUACAAACGCCUGUCGAUGAUCCAACUCGUCCAAAUCACCAUCAAUCUCGGAUACCUCGAAAAGUCCUGCGAGUCGUUAGGUGCCUUCAUCACUAGCAAGACUUCAGGAGAAGAAGCCAUCGGAACCACCUCCCACCAAGUCGUUCUCUCUGAAAAAGUGUUCCGUGAUGUUCGUAGUGAAGUGGAGCAGCAGAUUGACGAGUGCAUGAGAAGCAAAGUUGACGAAAUCAUCGAACUUUCAAACUACGAUUGGGAACUGCCGGCAGCCGCUGGACAGGCUUCAGAUUUCAUCACUGAUUUGAUCAAGUUUCUACUGACCACUUUCCAGUCUUUCACAAACUUGCCGUCAGGACUGGCCAAGCAUGUGUGCACACAGACAUGCAAGCACAUUUCUCAGUCGCUGUCAGAUUUGCUAUUGUCGCCAGAAACAAAAGCCAUCUCAACAGGAGCACUGGAUCAGUUCUCGUUGGAUGUGAUGCAGUGUGAGAUGUUCACAACAAGGUGUCCAGUGGUUGGUGUCGAUCCACAAACUUUGUCAAUGACGUUCGCAGACUUGAGACAACUACUGGAUUUGGUUAUGUCAUCUGACUGGACAACUUUCAAUGCCGAAUACGGAAAGGAUCAUGCCAAAUAUCUUCGUGUCAAGGCAUCCACUGCUAUUGUGGUGUUAGAAAAAAUGAUUGAAUACGAGCGCAAGAGCACUGGUUUCUUUGGAAUCGCCAGAGGAGACCGCAAACGCCUUCUCGACACUAUUGUUCGUCAGCUAAAGCUGCUUGAAAUUCAAUAA